AUGGAAGGUGCAUCAUUUUCUUGGAAAGAUAAUUCUUGUCUAUUUGAUCUUCAUCUCAAAGUUCAAUAUGGUACAUUGGUUGGAGUGAAAGGUGCCAUUGCUGCCGGUAAAUCAUCUUUACUAGCUGCCAUUCUUGGUGAGAUCAAUCUUGUCAAUGGAACAAUACGACAAUAUGUUCGCUCUGUUUCGUACGCUCCACAGUUACCUUGGAUAUUUGCUGAUACUAUACGAAAUAAUAUUCUACUUGGCAAAGUAAUGGAUGAAGAGCGUUACAAGAAUGUGAUAAAAGCAUGUUGUCUUGAUGUUGAUUUACAAAAUUUUGGUAAAGUCGCUGAUUUGAUGAUGAUCGGUGACAAAGGUGUCAAUCUGAGUGGAGGACAAAAAGCUCGAAUAUCGUUGGCUCGAGCUCUUUACACUGAUGCAGAUUUGUAUUUACUCGAUGAUCCACUAGCAGCUGUUGAUUCAAACGUAGCAAAGAAGAUAUUUGAUCAAUGCAUUGGUCCACGUAGUCUCCUUCGUGAAAAAACUAGAAUAUUGGUUACACAUCAGAUACAUUUCUUAGAUGAAGCAGAUCAAACAAUUUUGUUAACAAAUGGUCGUAUCGAUGAAUUCUAUAGUGAACAACCUGCUGACGGCGAGCAAUCGAACACAACAACAGAAAUGAAUUCAUCUGAUGACGAUAAGUUCAACUUUAAACUCAAGACUGCUACAACUGAUAUGAAUUCGAUUGUGAAAACCGAAACAUCAACUGAUGGUGCUGUCAAUUGGAACGUUUGGUUUCAACUAUUUACCGCUCCACCCUUACAUUGGCUCGGAUUUUUUCUAAGCCUUAUUUUAAUUUUCACUGCAGAAGCUAUGGAUGACUUUUCAAACCGUUGGCUUUCUUUGUGGUCUGCGAAAUCCGAAAAAAACCAAAGUUCAUCAUUCGAUGCUUAUGUCUAUCUUGGAUUGACACUGGGUACAUUGAUCGCUGCAUUAGUACGUGCUGGUUUUCUAUUCUAUAUUAUGUUAUGUGGUUCGACUUAUUUUCACAAUCAAAUGCUGACCGGUAUCUUGUAUACUUCGCUACGUUUCUUCGAAAGUAAUCCUAGUGGACGAAUAUUGAAUAGAGUAAGCAAAGAUCAACAAGCCAUAGAUGAAUUAUUACCUCUGACUUUAGUCGAUUCUAUCCAAUAUCUAGUGUUGACUAUCGGUUCUGUUGUCAUAAUCGGAACUAUUAAUCCAUGGGUACUUCUGAUUCUUGUUACAUUGACUCCUAUAUUUUGGUGGCUCCGUCGAUUCUACAUUCGUUCGAGUCGUCAACUCAAACGACUGGAAAGUGUAACACGUAGUCCGAUCUAUGCAUUAUUCUCAUCAUCAUUAGACGGACUCACUAGCAUUCGUGCAUUUCAAGUUCAAGAUGAUUUCAUGAACAUGUUUAUGGAAAGAAUUGAUACGAAUUCUCGGGCUUACUUCGCUCUCCUUGCUGCUGCUCGUUGGUUUAGCUUUCAACUCAGUAAUAUGGUAUCCUUACUCAUACUAGUAACAGCUAUCCUUGCAGUAGCUUUGCGUCAUCAAAUUAAUUCAUCAGCAGCUGCUCUCACCAUUACCUACUGCAUCACUAUAGUGGAUCUCUUUCAAUGGGCUGUACGACAAUCUGCAGAAGCUGAAAAUUAUAUGACCAGUGCCGAACGUAUUCAUGAAUAUGGUCAACUUGUGCCGGAAAAUCAUAAAAAUAAUAGUACAUGUUCAGUACUCGUUCAACUGCCAAAUGAUUGGCCUUCUCAGGGUAUUAUUGAAUUCAAAGACUAUACGUUUCGCUAUCGACCAGAGCUGGAUCCUGUAUUGAAAAAUCUUAAUCUACGCAUUGAAUCUAAGGAAAAGAUUGGAGUCAUCGGUCGAACAGGAGCCGGAAAAUCAUCUCUUCUACAAGGUCUCUUUCGUCUUGUCGAUCAAUCAUCGAUUACCGGCAGUAUACUCAUCGAUGACAUUGAUAUUGCUUGUAUUUCACUCGAUCAACUUCGUUCUCAUUUAAGUGUGAUUCCACAAGCACCAGUACUCUUUUGUGGUACACUUCGAUACAAUAUUGAUCCGUUUGCACAAUACUCUGAUGAAGAAUGUCUUACAGCACUUGAAGCUGUUCAACUCAAACAAUUGGUAUGCAAUCAUCCCGAUAGACUUAGUCAACUAGUGGCUGAAUCAGGCAGUAAUUUAAGUGCAGGAGAACGCCAACUAAUUUGUGUAGCACGAGCCAUUCUCAAGAGAAGUCACAUAUUACUCAUCGAUGAAGCUACAGCUAAUGUUGAUCAUGUGACUGAUAGUAUGAUUCAAAAAGUUAUUGCAGACAAGUUUCGUGAUCGUACUAUAUUGACAAUUGCACAUCGAUUGAAUACAAUAGCGAACAGUGAUCGUAUUCUCAUGUUACAACAAGGAGAAGUUGCCUAUUUCGAUGUACCUAGUAAUAUUGAUCUAAUUUAG